CACUCAACAACUGAACCACCGUUUUCCCACCCCCUGCUCUGCUCGACCACCGUUUUCUCUCUCUACUGACAUCAUAUUAACGUUUACCUAUGACAGUUAAUGUGCAUUCCUGUCUCCAUAGUUAAUUUGGAGUGACAAAUGUUCGUUCUUUUUGUUUACCGCUGUUUCUUGAUUCUUAUUUGCUAAGAAAAGGUGUGCUCAUUUGUAUCUAUGGAGGCUACUGCUGGUUGCAAUAAUCAAAUUCAUUCUUUCUCAGAUCUGGGUAUUCAUUCUAAAGAUAUGCACAGUCUUCUUUUGAUUGUCAUCUCCUUUUUCAUCAUUUUUUAUUAUUGCAGAAAUGGUAGCUCAUCUUUUUCGAUCUUAAGGGUUUUAUAAUGGAAGAAGAAGAAGGUUUUUUGAGACUUUAGACAAUAAUGUGGAAGUCUUCUGAAGUUGAGACCUCAAGAUCGCCAUUGCUUCCGGGUAUUGACAAGAACAAUGGAGUCAAGCUCCGUUCUAGUAGAAGAGAUGUCAGUCCUAGGUAUAUGUCUCCCGCCAGCAUUAACUCAUCUCCAGUGUCUAAAAGAGCUGUUUCUGCCGAAAGGAGACGGCCUUCACCUCCAAGACGGGUGUCCAGUACCAGUACAAGUACCCCAGUGCAGGAUAUAUCAUUUGAAAAACAACUGGUUUCAAGAAAGGUUAUGCCUGAGGCUUUAUGGCCUUCCACAAUGCGUAGUCUAACUGUCUCUUUCCAAUCAGACACAAUUUACAUUCCCGUUUCCAAGAAAGAAAAACCAGCUACUCAGUCCUCGCCUGAUCGGGCUUUGAGGCCUUCACCAAAUGUAGCAGUAGCAGCUGCUCAGAAAGCAUCAAUGUCUCCGAGGAAGAGAAGUCCUCUCAAAGGAGGAGGAGGAGGGAAGAAUGGGGCAGCUAUUGAUCAGUCUGAGAAUGCUAAGCCACAGGUUCGGUUGGAUGCUCGUCUUGUAGAUCGGCAUAGAUGGCCUAGUAGAAACAGUGGUGAGGCUUCUUCCAUUGAUUUAACUAGAAGUGUGGAUCUUAGUGGUAUGAUUAAAACCUCCAAUGUUGGAAAUCCUUCUAGUCCUAGGAGAAUGUCCCUCCCUGGUGAUUUCGGAAGACAUUUACAGAAAUCUUCCAGUGAUGUAGUGAGACGGGUUUUGUUCGACGACAAAUGCAUUCCUUCUCAUUCAUCAUCAUUAGAAGAAGAAUUGAGAUUGGAAUCUGUGACAAUGUCUCGUUUAUCAUCACCGAACAGGACAUCAAGAUUGGUGUCUAAUUCUGCUAGAGGCAUUAGCCCGUCAAGAAUGAGUUCAUUGGCGCCUGCUCCUACUGGAGGUAACAGUCCGUCUCGCUUCAGACAAUCAUCAAGCCCAUCAAGGCAAUACAGUACCUGUCCGAAUUCCGUACUCAGCUUUAUUGUGGAUAUGAAGAGAGGAAAGAAGAGUUUGAAUAACAUAGAAGAUGUUCAUCAGCUUCGUUUGCUGUACAAUUGUCAUUUGCAGUGGCGAUUUGUGAAUGCUCAAGCUAACAACUCUACGCGACUGCAGAGAAUCAAAGCUGAGAGGAAAAUAUAUUAUGCAUGGAGAACAGCACAAGAGCUCUGGGGAUCAGUAAUUCGAAAAAGAACUCAACUUCAGCAACAGAAGUUGAAGUUUAAGCUGUGUGGUGUCUUGAGAGAACAAAUGGGCUUUCUUUCUAUUUGGUCAUCAAUUGAAAGGGAACAUACAAGUUCUUUAGCUCACGCGAUUAAGGACCUCCAGUCAAGUAUUCUUCAACUUCCUGUUACUGAUGGGGCGAUGGCAGAUGUUGAGACUUUGAAGAAUGCUGUUGGUUAUGCUGUGGAAGUGAUGCAAGCAAUGGGAUCCUCCAUAUCUUCUGUAAUUUCGCUGGUAGAUGGAGCAGAUUGUCUGGUCUCUGAAUUAGCUGGUGCGGUUAAACAAGAGAGAGCGAUGAUUGCUGAGUGCGAAGCUCUAUUGGCUUCAACAACAACCUUGCUGGCAGAGGAAUACAGCCUUAGGACCCAGCUUGUACAGUUAAAACAUGUAGAUUGACCUGGAAAGAUGAUCAAGCAAGAUUGAAGUCUAAGUCUAAGUCUAACCAUUGUGUUCUUUUGACAAGCAUAAUAUAUAUUUGUUUUUGUGGGUUUUCUGUCAUCUGAUCUGUAGGUGGGAAGAAAGGGUAUGGUUUAUGUAGCUAACUUUGUAACAGUGAAAACAAAAGGAAAUGAAAGCUGGGUUUUCUUGUUUUUGUUUUUG